GGGAGGGGCGCGUCUUGGCCAGGAGCGAGUCUUGGAGGCCGGCCGGGCGCCCCGACAGACGAACGGACGCGGAGCCGCUACCGCCGCCGCUGCAGAGGCCCCGACCUUGUCCGCCUUCUCCUCCUCCUCCGGCUGCCGGGCGGGUGUUUCGGCGGCGCCCGCGGGGAUGAGCCGGGUGUCGUCGGAGCCCGGUGGGGCGCCGUCCCCGCCGCUGUCGUCCCCGCCGUCGUGGCUGCCCAGCCACGUCCAGGUGACGGUGCUGCAGGCGCGGGCUCUGCGCACCAAGGGCGGCCCGUCGGGCGACGCCUUCGUGGCUCUGCAGCUGGGCCGCCAGAAGUACCGCACGCCCGUGGCGCCGCAGCGGAGCGGGCCGCGCUGGGCCGACGAGUGCGCGCUCCAGCUGCCGCCCACGCCCGGCCCCGACGACGCCGACGACCCGGCGCUCCUGCUGCAGAUCACCGUGUGGCAGCGCGCGCUCGUCGGCACCGACCGCUUCCUCGGCCGCGCCGCCGUCCCGCUGCGCGAGCUGCUCCAGCGAGGCGGAUCCCACCCGGACCAGUGGUACAAGCUCCACUCCAAGCCUGGCAAGAAGGAGAAGGAGCGCGGGGAGAUCCAGCUGAGCAUCCAGUUCACCCGCCACAGCCUGACGGCCAGCAUGUUUGACCUGUCCAUCAAGGACAAGCCCCGGUCGCCCUUUGGGAAGCUGAAGGACAAGCUGCACGGCAGGCAGAAGUACGACCUGGAGUCUGCCUCGGCCAUCGUCCCCAGCAGCAGCGGGGCCCUCGACGAGGACUUUGGCCUGGCGGGGAAGAAGGCCAAGGCCAAGGGCGGCUUCUUCUUCAAGAACAAGCUGCGCAAGUCCUCCCUCACCCAGUCGAACACCUCCCUGGGCUCCGACAGCACCCUCUCCUCGGCCGGCAGCCUGGUGGGCAUCGGACCCUCCGAGGCGGGCAUGGUGCCCUCGCCCAGCCGCCACAGCAGCUUCUCCAUCGACCGCUCUGUCAGAGACUUCCUGCCUUCCCCGAAGCUCACCCACAAGAGGGCCUUCAGCGACGAGGCCUCGCAGUCGACCCAGAGCCUGAAGCCGCAAAACGAUCCCAUCUCCCGGUCCUCUCUGUGCAUCAACGGGAGCCACGUCUACUGCGAGGAGCCCAUGCCAAAGCCUUCCUUCCUCUCCGCAGCGCCCGCUCCUCCUCCUGCCGCCGCCGCCCCCCAGGGCAUCACCGCCAGCAAGCCGCCCGAGGAGGCCUUUGGAUCCGAGCCCCCGGCCGCCCCCGAGCCGGACCUGCCGCCGUGGUCCAGCGGCAUCCUCCCGAAGGGGCCCCCCAAAGACCCUCCCCGCUUCAUCCCCUCCCCUCCCAUCCUGGCAGCCCAGGAGGAAGACAAGCUCUCCGUCAAGACGAUUGCCCUCAACAAGCGCCGCGUCAGGGCCAGGAGGGAGGAGGAGGAGGCGGCCGCGGCGGCGGCAGCUGCAGCCGCCUUACACGCCGAGAGCAAGCCCAUCCAGAUCGCCACGCCCAUGGUCUUCUCCGGGGACGUCCGGAGGGUGAGACCCCAGCAGGAGGAGGAAGGGGAGGAGGAAGAGGAGAAGAAGUUCUCCAAGACCGGCUUCUUCCGCCGGGGGAGCAGCAAAGAGGGCGGCGGGAAGAGCGGGGAGCCGUCCCCCCGGGUGGUGGUGGCGGCCGGAGACGAGAGGGGCAGGAGUAGGAACAGCAGCAGCAGCUGGUUCAGCCUCCAGGAUGCCAAGGAGAUGCCCCCAAAGCCCAGCCCCCACCCCGUGAAGCCCAUCAGCAGCUCUCCGGGGCCAAAGACCCCUCAGGACGAGAAGGAGAAGCAGAGUCCAGCGGGCAGCCUGACCCCUGUCCAGAGCGGUGGCCAGGAGCGCGAGCCGGGCAGCGUCACUGCGGGGGGAGCACCCACCUCCCAGCUGGAGAAACCGGAGCCCAAAAGGGACUCUUCCGCGCUGGAUCCGUCUGCCAAGUAUUACCACCUGACGCACGACGAGCUGAUCCAGCUGCUGCUGAAGCGAGAGGCGGAGCUGAGCCAGAAGCAGGAUCAGGUCCGCGAGCUGGAGAACUACAUCGACCUCCUCCUGGUGCGCAUCAUGGAGCAAUCUCCCAGGCUGCUGCAGAUCCCCCUGGGAGGGGAGCCCAAGGCAGCCAAGUAACGCCCCCCACCCCCCUGUCCACCCGCCACGCCUCUGCCCUCCCCACUUUUGAGUUCUUGCCCCGCGGCCCGCUCUCCUGGCUCAAGGCCCCCCUGGAAGGAGAGG